AUGGGUCCAAAGAAAGCUGCUCCCACUGGCGCCGAAGCCAAAGACACAAAGGCAAAGAAGCCCGCUGCCGCCCCCGCUCAUGCCUCAUACAAAGAUAUGAUCAAGGAGGCUAUCCUGAACUUGAAGGAACGCAACGGAAGCAGCCGACAAGCUAUCAAGAAGUAUGUCAAAGCAAACAACAACAUCACCGUCACGUCAGAGACCCAAUUCGAUUCUCUAUUCAACAAGGCUUUGAAGACCGCUGUCGAGAAGGGUGACUUCACGCAGCCAAAGGGUCCCUCAGGCCCCGUUAAGCUGGCCAAGAAAGAGCCUAAGCCUGCUGAAAAGAAGCCUGCAGCAAAGAAGGAGAAGGCAUCCAAGGAGACCAAAGAGGCCAAACCCAAGGUAGCAAAGACCAAGACUGCUGCUGCCGCCAAACCAAAGACUGCCGCAACCAAGGCAAAGAAGCCUGCCGCCCCCAAGAAGGCCGCUGCCGCUAAGCCAAAGGCCAACACAGCAACUAAGCGUGCACCCAAAGCCAAGGCUGCUAAGACCGAGGCACCUGCCCCUGCUGUCACCGAUGUCCCCACUGUCCUGAAGAAGACCAAGUCUGGUAGAGUCAGCAAACAAAAGGCACCUGCCACCAAGAAAGCACCUGCAAAGAAGACGGCAGCGGCCAAGAAGGCCACACCCAAGAAAGCCACUCCCAAGAAGGCUGAAGCAGCUGCAUGA